AUGGUGUUAACCAUAGCACCGGAGGAUUGGAGGCACGACAUUGUGCAAUAUUUGAAAAAUCCAAAUGGGUCAUAUAGCCAACAAAUUCGGCGGAGGGCCCAAUAUUAUGUGGUAAGGGAUGAAGUAUUGUUCCGCAUAGGUUCCGAUGACUUGCUCAUGAAAUGUUUGGGCAAAAAAGAACAACUCGUAGCAAUGACCGAGGUCCACGAGGGGAUAUGCGGUGCUCAUCAAGCUGGCAUCAAGAUGAGGUGGCUUUUAAGAAGGCACGGUUAUUAUUGGCCGACUAUCCUCAAAGAUUGCAUUGAGUAUGCCAAGGGUUGCAAAGAUUGUCAAAGGCAUGGGCCGAUCCAACAUGUCCCGGCCGGACCAAUGAAUCCCAUUGUCAAGGCUUGGCCUUUCAAAGGUUGGGCAAUGGAUGUGAUUGGCCAAAUAUACCCAAAGUCAUCUAAAGGCCAUAAGUAUAUUAGUGGCCACCGAUUUUUUCACAAAGUGGGUGGAGGCCGUCCCACUCAAACAAGUUACUCAAGUCGAGGUGAUAGAAUUCAUUGA